AUGGCUGAGACAGAAGCCCACAUGUUCCCAAUGGUAAGGUGUGUCCUUGACACGGUCAUCUGGGCCAUAAGCCUUGGCCGCUUUCAGCCAAUGUCAGAUGAAGACCAACCAAGACUUGAUGCGCUGAAACUGGCCGAGAAAGGGGAGUUGGGGUCAGCCCAGCCACAGUCGCCCAGCGGGGCCGCAGUCCCAGACAAAUCUAGCCUUGGCAAGGACAUCGACCGGGAUAGCACCCUGGGCCAGAUGAGGCUGUCGACAGUCUUUGGCAGGGAGAAGAUCACAGAGGCCCUUGACCUCGCCAAGGACGCCAUGUGGCACGAGCUCACGGAAAACAAAGCCUGGGACCAGAUCUACCGCGCGAACAUUCUCGAGUUCAACGAGGGACCGAGCAACAUCCGCCUGGGGUACAUGGAGCUCAACAGCUUGCUCGGAGAGGAUGGCAAAUACCUCGACCUCCGGUUGGCCGGGUUCAGGCGGCGCAUCGUCCACGACGCUCUACAAGGCCUGGUCGUCGUCCGCAACGUCCUGUGCCACCCGCAAGCAGACAGACUGUCCUCCCCGAGCGUAAUCGACGACUGUCUAGCCAGAUGCCAGUGGGCGACUCACGUGCUGGGCCACCCAACUCUGGAAUCCAGGAUCCGCGAACUCAGAGAUGAGGUCAGGGGCGCAGCUAAACGGGCCCUUCAUGAGAUCACGAUUUUCAGUGCGUUUCUGAGACUCGACCCCGACUUAGGGUCGCUCACAGAGCUGAAGCCGCAGACCGAAGACUCGGACGAGUCAUCGCCGACCGGGCCCAGAGGACGUGUACGGAGACGGCCAAAAACAUCCCAGCAGGCCUGA